GUGGAUUUGGAGCCAGAAGGCAAAGUGUUUGUUGUCAUAACUCUUACAGGCAGCUUCACAGAAGGGACUCUCCAGAGGGAUCGAAUUUUUAAGAACCUCACUCGGAAACGCCAGCGGGCAAUGCGAAGGCGCGUGCAUCAGGUGAACGGGCACAAAUUCAUGGCCACCUACCUGCGACAACCUACAUACUGCUCGCACUGCAGGGAGUUCAUCUGGGGCGUGUUUGGGAAGCAGGGAUACCAGUGCCAAGUAUGCACCUGUGUGGUACACAAGCGCUGCCAUCAUCUCAUUGUCACAGCUUGCACAUGCCAAAACAAUACUAACAAGACCGAUCUCAAGGUGACUGAACAGAGGUUUGGAAUCAACAUUCCUCACAAGUUCAGCGUCCACAACUACAAAGUCCCGACUUUCUGUGACCACUGUGGUUCCUUGCUCUGGGGGAUCAUGCGACAGGGCCUACAGUGUAAAAUCUGUAAAAUGAACGUCCACAUCCGAUGCCAAGCAAACGUUGCACCGAACUGUGGGGUGAAUUCAGCAGAGCUUGCUAAAACCUUGGCGUGCAUGGGUCUGCAACCUGGAAGCAUUUCCCCAAAUUCGAAACUGGUUUCAAGAUCUACUUUGAGACAUAAGGGAAAAGGCAGCCUGAAGGAUGGCAGCAGCGUUAAUGAAAGUUCAGCGAGCAAACUUGGGAUCAAGGACUUAACCUUCCUUCGCGUAUUGGGGAAGGGCAGUUUUGGAAAGGUGAUGCUUGCCAAGAUGAAAGAGAGUGGGCAGCUCUACGCAGUGAAGGUGUUGAAGAAGGACGUCAUUCUCCAAGAUGACGAUGUUGAAUGCACCAUGACUGAGAAACGCAUCCUUUCCUUAGCAAGGAAUCACCCAUUCCUCACCAAGCUCUACUGUUGCUUCCAGACUCCUGAUCGCCUGUUCUUUGUGAUGGAGUUCGUAAAUGGCGGGGACUUGAUGUUCCACAUUCAGAAGUCACGUCGCUUCGAUGAAGAUCGGGCCCGGUUCUAUGCUGCAGAAAUUAUUUCAGCCCUUAUGUUUCUCCAUGAAAGAGGCAUCAUUUAUCGGGACUUGAAGCUGGACAACGUGCUACUGGACUACGAGGGUCACUGCAAGCUGGCAGACUUUGGAAUGUGCAAAGAGGGCAUUCACAAUGGCAUUACCACAGCCACCUUCUGUGGCACACCAGACUACAUCGCUCCAGAGAUCCUGCAGGAGAUGCUGUAUGGCCCUGACGUAGACUGGUGGGCCAUGGGCGUGCUGCUGUACGAGAUGCUGUGCGGUCACGCACCCUUUGAGGCAGAGAACGAGGACGACCUCUUCGAGGCCAUUCUGAAUGACGAAGUCGUCUACCCAACGUGGCUCCAGCAGGACGCAGUGGCAAUCCUCAAAGCGUUCAUGACGAAGAACCCCAACAUGCGGCUGGGCAGCCCAGGGCUGGGUGGCGAGAGCGCGAUUCUGCGGCACCUCUGGGCCCGGCUGAACCAGCGUCAGAUGGAGCCACCCUUCAGGCCCCGAAUUAAAUCCAAAGAUGACGUGAGCAACUUCGAUCCAGAUUUUAUAAAAGAGGAGCCCAUUCUGACUCCCAUUGAAGAAGGAAUUCUUCCGAUGAUAAACCAAGAUGAAUUUAGAAACUUUUCAUUCACAAGCCCAGAACUACAGCAAUAGCUACGGCUCUGGUGAAGGGCUGCUGAGCGGACUGGGGGGAAAUGAAAUGAAACCCAAGUUUACCAGUAAUUUCAUUCUCAAGGAGUAACAGUGCACUGACUUCAUGCGACACAGCAGCACCACUGUCAACGUUACCUUAAUGUGAAAUUGAAACCUUCCUGUGUUUGUAGGGUUUAUGCAGCUCUUGGAUCAAAUAUUGACAGGGGUGGAACAACCACGAUAUUGUAGAUAGCUGAUGCAGACAGAGAAUUGAAUGCUGAGCUCGUUGGUUCAGCCUGAAUGUCACCGCUUGCAGUGGAUUCAAGGAGUCGGUGUGAGCAUGAAACAAGUGUCUUGCAGCUCUGAGCCAAACAGACUUGUUACAAUUCUGAUUGUUUGCAAGACUAUUUUGAGGAGUCCCAGCACUGUCCGGUGUUCUGGAGCUGUGAUCCAGCAUCCCGUGGCCUGACUGAACCAGGUGUUCCUACUGACUUUAUGUGUUUCUGCAGUAUUUAUUUCUUUCCCAAGGACAAAUGGCUCUCUUUGCCACUGUUUGGGUUUCCAUGUGAAAUAUUUCAUUGUGCUGACUAGCAGAAGGAUAAAAACAAAUGCCCUGUGCCCCACACGGAUUCUUCCAAAUCAAAGAGAAGGCAUGUGCUUGUAGCGU